UGGCUUAUCUUUCUUAGAUCAGAAACUUCUUAUAUCUGCUUCAAACAGCAUUCUUCUUAAAUCUACUAUUUCAUUUGUAGUUGCUUCGGUUGUCAUCUGAAGUCAUGAGGGAUAUCAUGGAAAGGUUUCUAGUUUUACCAUUUUCGAUGGGAUGUGUGUCCAAGACGACGAAAGGUGUAGUUGAAUCGAAGACACAAUGCAAGGAGCAAAAUUAUCAACCGAAACAGCUUGCAACAAGAAUACAAGACGGAAAAUGCUCAUCAGGAAUGAAAAUCAAAAACUCUUGGGGAUUUGUCACACUAAGGAGAUCUAACAUUUCAAGAGGACUUCGACGACUAAUCUUGGACACGUUCCAAAGCUUUUCUCGAAUUAUAAGUCACAAAGAUGCAAACGAAAUCCAAACAAUGGAACUGGAAAUAGGUUUUCCAACAGAUGUAAAACAUGUUACACAUAUAGGAUAUGAUGGAUCUAUGACUACAAACCCUGUGAAAAACUGGGAUCAUAUCGAAACACCAGAAAUACAUUCUUUUCCUACAAUUUCCUUGAAGCAAUUUGAACAAGCAAUGGCUGCACAAUCUGAGAGUCCAACAGGUUGACACCUUCCAAAUGUACUUGAAAAAAUAUAUCUGAAUGAUUCAAUGGGUCCUAACCACUUGGAUUUGGCUCAAGUAAUACAGCCAGUUGAGAUAUUAGUUAGUGCAAAAGCAUAGGAGAAACAAUGGAUUGAUUGGUUUUCAGUGAUUCUUUUUCUGUUUCUUUAAAGGGUGUUUACACUAGAUAUAUAUUUGGUUUUCAUAUGUGUAAUAUACAUUUGUGUGAUUACAUGAUUUUAUAUAAAAGAAGUAUAUUUGGUGUACUUUAGAAACAUAAA